AGGAGGCAAAACGGAGGGGAGACGCUCUUCUUGAGGGGGUCUUCUUUCAUGGUGUAUGCACGGGUGUCUCGAGCUGGGGAAACUUUGGCAACUGGGGGGUUGAAACCAUUAGAAUAGGGCACUCCCUUUAGGCUUUGGGUUUUCGUCGUUUUGGUUAAUAGCUACAGGGGCGCCAGAUAACUAUUUGAAAACGCCUUCGCAUGGAAGGUGCUUGCUCCUUAGUACAAUCCAAGUGAUUCAGGCGUGCAUUCAGAAGCUGACUCAUGCUUUCGUGGAUACGAGAAGCUUCACAUUGCUGAAUCAGAGUAGCUUUCUUGGCAACUCUCUGAGUUUACUCUCAAUCUGGAGCAUAACGCAUGCUCAAGGGGUUGAAAGCUUCUCCAUCCGAAAGACCUUUUCGAUUGCGAGCUUUCAACCACUUUUUAGGAAGUAUUUGAGACACUUUGAAUGCACUUGGAAUAAGCAGCUUGCGAGGUACCUGCUUUAGAGCACAUUGCAAUUUGGCGGCCUGAAAACAGAAAAUAUUCGGCGCAGUUUUGCUCAGCAAUCAUAGAGCAAUCAAAAAUAUCUGAAAGCAAGGGCAGUGUGCAUUCAUACAUCCCAGGAUGGACUGGACUGGCCAGACAGGGCAGUGGCAACCAGAUCAGUGGCAGAAGCGCCGCCUGUUAUCAGCCCCUGAGGAGGCGCACGGCUCGGAAAAUGUGCCAACUCAGGAGUGGCAGCCGCUGACGUCAUCGGCGACGAUGUCAGCGGACGUUUUGGCAGACGAGUUCCAGCAAAUGCACCAGGAAGCGCCGGGGUUUAGCGGAUUUGAGGAGAACGGGGAGACGUCCACCGCGGCGCUUUUGGCAGAGCUUCAGGCGUUGCAAGCAUCGAUGAACAUGGCGGGGGGGUCCACACGGGAGGCAUCGUACCCCCCCACAGGGUUGGGAUCCACGGCGGGGGGCUCAAAUCACAGGGGACUGUCGGGGAACAUUGUCAGGAGCUUCUCGGGAGAAAAUGACGACAUUCUGGGGUUUGCUUUGGAUUCGCCCUUCAGCCUCGAAGAUCUCUUCAUGAGCCCCACUCCUGCGUCGGGCUCGCUUAACAAGAACGCCAGCGGCUUUCCGACGCUCGACGUACCUCUUCUGGCGUCGACCCCCACGGUCAGCCAAACCCCGCAACUUAACCGCGCCGUGCCCUCCCCCCUGGAUCUGAUCAACCGUGACUUUGUCUCAGAAUUGUACCACCCAGGGGCGCCCGGAAUGCAUCCACCAAAACCUCCCCGUUCAGGAGCUUUCCCCCCGGAGCUGCAUUUUGCGCCCCUGCAAAACCCACUUUUUGCCCCCCCUAAGGAUGCGACCGCACUCGACGAGCAACACCCCCCCCGCUAUGGCCGGUCUGCAUCGCUCGGUCAGGGCCCCACUCAACCCCCCCCCCUCCCGCAGGGCCAGAAGCUCUUCCCCUCAGCCACAUUCUCAGGGGGGGGGCACGCCCGGUCCCCCCACACCCCCGACCUGCCACCCCCCACACCCAAAAGCUCAGAAACGCAGCGGAGCAAGCCCCCCGCCAGCAGUUCGCAGAGUUCGGACACUCCCCCGGACAACUCGCGCCUGGUGUCCGCCGCAGAGAUCAUGGAAGCGCUCCGAAAACUGCCGUCCAGAGCUAGCCAUGCGGCCCAGCGGGAGGCCCUCCGCUCCUCGCCCCCCGUUCUGGGGGGGGACUUGCCCACCCCUCCGAAAAGCCACCGCCAGAAUUUGCUCGCCUCGAGCACGUGCCUGGAAGGCGUGAACGCGCCCCCCCUCUUCGUGCAGAUGUCGGACGAGAAGUUGAAUUCUGCGCGGAAUCGAGCGUUGCGGGGGGUUUACUCCGCAGAAUUGGAGAUUCUGAGGUGGUGGUGUUUGGAGAAUCUGAGCGAGGUUGUGGUUGAAAACAUUCCGGGGGUGCACUUUCUAUCGUGCAACGCGCUGCCUGCAGCGCCCUACAGAGCUGCGCGGCUGAUGCUCUCAAAGAUGACGCUCUGGCUGCGGCAAUUCCAGUUCAACGUGCGGAAGGUCAGCCCUGUAGAUCUGUACAUGACCAUCCACGAGGCGGCGCGCAUCUUCCUCGACAGCGACUUGACCCUUCUCAUUAACAUCCCGUCGUCCGAGGCGCGCACGGCUUUCGAGAAGAUGUACCUAGUAAUGGAGAAGAUGAAGAAGGAAGCGUGCGAGCAGUUACGCUUCUCCGAGGUCGACCUGAACCCGUACAAACCCGACGUCGACGUCAAACCUCGAACGCUAACCCAGCCGCUAAACAACCUGGAUUCGGGGUCAGGAUCCGGGUUAAGUUCGGAGGGCAGUGUGGGGAGCGGGUCCGGUGAGGUUUCGUUUGGGCGGGAAAGCGGGUUUGGGCGGGGCAACAAACGGAAAACCCCGCCCGAGGGGCCGGACGGGUUAAGGAAGCGGUUAGGGUUUACGAACCAAUUAGGGAACAAGGGUUCCGAGCAGCAGCGGCAGUGGCUGAAAGGGCUGCAGCACGAGUUGACCAAGUUGAACGAGGACGAGCAGGUGGUUGCGUUUGACGCUAACCCGGGCGGGUUAGCGCCGGUCAGACGGUUUGUGUCGGAAGGGGCGCUCAUGGCUAAGUACAACCUACGGAUGGCGUCCUGGAGAUUGCUGGCGGCCGCUUCCGAGAAGUUCGACACGCUGGCCAAGGGCGCCUUGCCGAGCCUCGACAAGUACCUGGGCUUCGCCAAAUACAUUCUGGGCACGUGCGUCGGCCUGACGAUGGCGUUCUGCGCGAUCGCGGGGCGCGAGACGGAGGCGGGAAAGUGGGAACCGAAAGCGGAGGCGGUUCAGUCGCUGCUGGAGAGAACGAAGAAGGGGAUGGAGCUUGCCGCUGAACUCGCGUGCAUUAUGACGGACCUAAGGACGUACGAGGAAGACCUGCUCAAGCUGCGCGUCAGCGCCGUCGGUGUCAUGAUGCGCGAGGGCGGGCGCUCCCAGCAGGACGCAAUCGUGCUGCUGGAGCAGCGCGCGGAGACGAUCCUCACCGCUCUAGUUGCCGAGGUGACGUCACCCCCGGCCAACAACCCGGUGCUCUGGACGUGCUGGCAGCUCAUCUUCGACUUUAGCCGGGCGCAGAUCGCGCUCCACGUGGUCGACGAUCUGGACGCCAAAGUCAAAACUUUCUUCGGGCUCGCGUGAUGACGUCAGCAGCGCGUGGCAGGCGCUUUGGGGCGGCUCAUGCUGCCGGCGAGGGGCCGAUGUGGUCGGAAUCUGGCGUGUAGAAAUGAGCGAGUUCAGUAGCAAGUUUGUGUGAGGUCCUCGGGCGCUUGCGACGUCAGCAAGGCGUCUGACGUCAGCUGGGGGUCGUGGAGUUGCUAGUGUGGCGAAAGGUGGUGACGGCAGCCACGCUUUGUUAGGUUGGGGCUGUGGUGGCCGCGGAUGGGGAUUUGUGUUCUUUAGCAAAAACAAUAGCUAGGCAUCUUUCAGUCAUCAUGCAGCGAGGCUUGUAACAUUACCAAAAGCAAGCGUUGAGUAUCAGUCAUACCAGGUCGCAUCAUGGAGUUCGGCCGAGGACGCAAAUGUGUGUUGUAUAAAGAACCUUGAAAUUCAGAGGGGCCCUCGGGCGCUCGGAAGAACGGGCACGAAAUUGAAGAGUGGACAUAUGCACAGGCUUAGCGGACACAAGGGAGUAAUAAAAGCGGGCGCAAAGCCCUUUACCG